CGAACCGGAGAUCGCGGACCGCGAACGACUGUCUCCUGUGCGGCGACGACAAGCACCGCACGCUCCAAUGACCCAACCGCGAGGUAGGCAUGAAGGCUGCGCGCGCGGCGACGGCAAAGGCGAACGCGAAGCACUCCGUCGCCGCCGCGGCGGCAGAUACUCCCGCACCGCCCGUUCCUGUCGCGGACGACGCUAUCGCCGCCGCUGCAGCUCCGGCGCGCGCUCUGUACAAUGGAUUAGACGUCUGCGGCCUCGCGGUGGCUUCCCCGCAGCUGGACCUCGCGACGUCCGACGACGACGACGACGACGCCGAGUCCAUCUCUGACGACGCGUCUCUCGCCACUGACGUUCCCGUCACCGUUGCAGCUGCCACGCCGGCCGCUCAGCAUGUCCCGUACGACGUCCACGCUCUCGCGGUGACGCCCCGGCGACCUCUCCUUCUUGGUGCUGCGGCGCGCCGCGCCAGCCGCGUCAGCACUGUACGUCGUGUCCAUCGAUUUGCACUGGACUCUGGCGCUGCCGUGCACGUCGCGAACGACCGCGGAAUGUUCAACACGUACAAGCCGGAACGCAUCGCGAUUAAUCCUGUCGCACCUGUACAGAUGUUCGCUCACGGCUCGGGCACCGUCCGCGUCCUCAUUUCGACGGACAACGACGUUGACUUCGAGUUGGAGCUCACAGAGGUGCUCCACAUCCCCGAGCAGCCAUUCAACCUCAUCUCCCUCUCGCGUCUCGAGGACGCCGGGUGGCGCGCGAACUUCGAGACCCGCCAGCUCACGCUGUCCGGCUCGCGCGUCAAUGGCUCCAUCGACCGCAUCAACGGCCUGUACUAG